AUGUCCACCUCGGCCUAUUCACGCCUCCGCGCGAGGUUCUCUGGCCAGCCAGAACUUCUGGAGACUCCCAAGAGUCAGCAAACCCAGGAUCCAGACGCUCUUCCAAAGUCGAUAUCAGACGCAAUCUCGGCUGCCCUUCGCAACGAUGAGUUCACGAGAGCCGUAGCCAAACACCUUGCUACCGAACUCCAACCUUCCCUCAAGUCGGCCCUAGAGCCCUCAGCCAUCGAAUCCAAACUCCUGGGAUCAACGGAGCAGCUUGUCCGACAAAACUACGAAGCCAACACUUCUACAACCGGCAAGCUAGCUGCCCUUGAUGGCGCUGUGGCCGAUAUAAAGAAGUCGCUGGUGGAGCUAGGAAACAACCUGAAGCUGGUUCAGGAACAAGUUGCAUCUUCGGACACUUCGUUGUUCGCCGCACAUGGUCAGAAGCUAGACUCCAUUUCCACGGGACUCCAAGUGCUACAAUCCGAGGGCCCUACUCCCCUGAAGUCUGCUCUAUCCUCCCAGGCCGAAAAACUGGACGCCAUCACUGCGGAGCUCGCUACUAUCAAGGAAUACUCCGCGGCUUCCGCUAGCUUGAAGAACGUCAGCUCGGAGCUUGCCUCCGUCAAGUCAGACCUUGAGACUUCAAACAGUACUGGCUUUUCCGCGCUCAACACCCACGUCGGCACCAUCAUCGCUGCUAUUGAGGCGCAAGAUGCUUCUCUAACCGAAAUCAAGAAUUCCGCCAGCAAGACAUCGGAUAUCCUGGCUGCCGUCGAGGCUUCAAACGGUUCAAUCCAGACUCUUGGUUCUUCGAUCAGCGACGUGAAGGCUGUCGUCUCUGCUCCCGCCGAGAAGGUUGACCUGUCUCCCCUGGUCACCACUCUCGAUGCUCACACUACCCACUUGAGCGAGAUCAAGAGCCUCGUCGCUAAACCUGCUGCUGCGCCUGUUGUUGAGAAAACCGACCUUUCCUCGUUGGAGUCAUCCGUAGCCAAGCUGAACGCAACCCUCGAGUCCCACACUGGUCACCUGACGGAGAUCAAGGGUGUAGUCGCCGUCCCUGCACCAAGCUCCGAGAAGGUCGACCUCUCCAGUCUUGAAAAUUCCGUGAAGGAGAUCAAGAUCCUGGUUGAAGCUAUCCCAGCACCAACUGCCCCGGUUGCUGGGAAGGACGAUGAGAUUCUCGCUUCCGUCGCCUCGAUCAAGGUUCUUGUGGAGGGACUUCCUUCUCCCGCAACCCAAAAAGAGGUUAAGGACGAGGAGAUUCUGGCUUCAGUGGCCUCCGUCAAGGCCCUUGUCGAGGCUCUUCCAGUACCAGUCGCCGCCAAGGAUGUCAAAGAUGAAGAAAUCUUGGCAUCUGUAGCUGCUGUCAAGUCUCUGGUUGAGGCUCUCCCAGCCCCAGCUGCUCGGAUUGCCGGCAAAGAUGACGAGAUUCUCUCUUCCAUCGCCUCGGUCGAGUCAUUGGUCAAGGCCCUCCCAGCACCGAAAGACACAAAUGACACCGAGAUUCUCGCUUCGGUCCAGUCAGUCAAGGCGCUCGUUGAGGCUAUUCCCGCUCCAGCUGCUCAGAUUGCUGGCAAGGACGAUGAGAUACUGCAGUCUAUCGCCUCGAUUGAGACUCGCAUCAAGGCCCUGCCAGCACCUACCGCACCACAAGAGAUUAAGGACGCCGAAAUUCUUGCUUCUGUCCAAUCAGUCAAGGCCCUUGUUGAGGCUAUCCCAGCCCCGACGAGUAAAGACGAUGAGAUCUUGAAGUCCAUCACUUCUGUGGAGAGCCUCGUCAAGGCAAUCCCUACUUCCGCACCAGCCGAUAAGUCUGAAGAGAUUCUGUCCGAAGUCAAGAGCGUGAAGUCGGUCGCUGAAGAGACAAAGAAGCAAGCUGCUUCACUUACCGCCAUCGUCAGCGCUGGUCUCGAGAAGGAAAUUUUGAGCGAAGUCAAGAUUGUGAAGGGAUUGGUUGAGAAGCAGAAUGCCGUUGUCUCGUCCACUGAGGUUGGACAGACUGAUAAGGGUAUUGCAGUGGAAAAUAAAGCUGAUGCGAAGGUUGAUGCCGUUGAAGUUCCAACCGCGGCUUGA